UCAAUCGGAAAGGGAGGACUCGCCCCGAGCUCCAGCGAGAGGCGGGUUUGAGGCCAAGAAGCCCCGCCCCCGUGACGUGUAACGUCAGAGUCGCCAUGGCUAGCUAUCCGUACGGGCAGGGCUGCCCCGGUGCUGGUGCUCCAGGACAAGCGCCUGGAGCCCCUCCGGGUGGCUACUACCCUGGUACCCCCCAUGGCGGAGGGCAGUACGGCAGUGGGGUGCCCCCUGGUGGCGGUUAUGGAGGAGGUCCUGCCUCAGGAGGGCCUUACGGACCACCCGCCGGUGGAGGACCCUAUGGACACCCCAACGCGGGGGGACUCCCCUCUGGAACUCCAGGAGGUCCUUACGGUGGUGCGGCCCCAGGAGGCCCUUAUGGACAGCCCCCUCCGAAUUCCUACGGAGCACAGCAUCCUGGGCCUUACGGACAGGGCCCUCUUCCAGGUAACGCCCCUCCCAACGUGGAUCCUGAGGCUUACUCUUGGUUCCAGUCAGUGGAUGCCGAUCACAGUGGCUACAUCUCCAUCAAGGAGCUGAAGCAAGCGCUGGUCAACGGCAACUGGUCCUCGUUCAAUGAUGAGACAUGUCUCAUGAUGUUAAACAUGUUUGACCAGACCAAGUCAGGCCGCAUUGACGUCUACGGUUUCUCAGCCCUGUGGAAGUUCCUCCAGCAGUGGAAGAACCUCUUUCAGCAGUAUGACCGGGACCACUCAGGCUCCAUCAGCUACACGGAGCUGCAACAAGCUUUGUCCCAAAUGGGCUACAACCUGAGUCCCCAGUUCACCCAGCUCCUGGUCUCCCGCUACUGCCCGCGCUCUGCCAACCCUGCCAUGCAGCUCGACCGCUUUAUCCAGGUGUGCACCCAACUGAAGUUGCUGACUGAGGCCUUCCGGGAGAAGGACACAGCCGUCCAGGGCAACGUCCGGCUCAGCUUCGAGGAUUUCGUCACCAUGACCGCAUCUCGGAUGCUCUGAGUCAGCCCACCGUGGAGAACGCCCAGGAGAGUGCCCAGGGCCUCUCCUGGUGCCACCUCCCUUCUCCUCCUUCCCCUACAGAAAAAGAUUCUCCCUUGCCCGAUGCCCGCUGAUCCCAGAGAGGCUGGCAGCCCUGCAUGGACCUGGGCUGCACCCACCUGGGAAGGGCCUGGCUGCAGACUGGAAGUUGGUGUCCAGUUUGGACAGCCUGGAGCAUGUCCUCGGCACCAAGAAGAGCAGGUGCCAGUUGGGGCAGUGGGUCCCUCUGACUAGACCCGGCUUCUAGCCACCUAGGCCAGUGGUGAGUGUCCGUCUUUCCCACGAGUACCCGUGUCCCCUCGCCCAUGCCGCCCAUUACGGGACUAUCCCGUGGGUUUCUCCAAGGGAGAAUCUGACCUCGCGCCAGGGAGCUUGUCCUUUCCAUCCCCCAUCCGGGUGUUUUGUCUUCUAGCUGCCCGGGGCUCCUCGGCUCAGGGAACUUGAGCCAUCUGCUCUGCUCUCUGGGCAUCUCUGCUCUGACCUUCUGCAGGUCGAACCCUUCACUUGCAGCCAUUCUUUGCUCGGCUUCUGUCCCCAGGGGACAGUUGUCACCUCCGACUGCCAAGGCUUUUUUUUUUUAAUUUGCAUUUUGUUUCUGGGGCCAAAAGUUCAAUAAAACCGUAAGCGUCAAUAAAUGGAUAAAACUCCA